CAGUAAACACAUCCACAAACUAUUCAAUAUGACUGGCCGUGGUAAAGGAGGCAAAGGACUUGGAAAAGGAGGCGCAAAACGUCAUCGUAAAGUAUUGCGUGAUAAUAUCCAAGGUAUCACCAAGCCAGCUAUCCGUCGUUUGGCUCGUCGUGGUGGUGUUAAACGUAUCUCCGGAUUAAUCUAUGAAGAAACUCGUGGUGUUCUCAAGGUUUUCCUAGAAAACGUUAUUCGUGAUGCAGUCACAUACACUGAGCACGCCAAGAGGAAGACAGUCACUGCCAUGGACGUUGUCUAUGCAUUGAAACGUCAAGGACGUACUCUUUAUGGAUUCGGAGGUUAAUUUCAACAUACAUGACCAGCUAACAAAACAAAUCGGCCCUUUUCAGGGCCAUCAAUUAA